UCAACCCAUUCCCUCGUUCAUGCUCAUCGGCCGCCUCACAGCGGCCCUCAACCGCCUUCGACUCGCAAUGCCCGUUGCUUUGCGUGCCGCAUCACCUACCGGCGAGCCCGCCGCGAAGCGCAUCCGACUCUCGUCUGAGCUGGAUCCGGCUGCAGCGGCGGUCGCGGCAGCCCCACCCAAACCAACCAACGAUUCAGUCACCUCUCUCGCUUCCACAUCCUCCUCCUCCUCACCUAAGGGCAAGAAGAAGAAGCCAAAGCAGGCGUCAAAGACCGGGCCCUGGAGUGUUGUCCCCACGCUGGAGCAGGAGGCCGCUUCGGCCGCCGCCUGCGAGGAAGCAAUGGCUUUGCCAUUCGAGUUCGAGCGGAAGUACGCCCACGAGCUCGUGUACAGCAACAAGCUCGUGCUUGCACCCAUGGUGCGCAGCGGAACUCUGCCCGCCCGCCUUCUUUCGCUUUACUACGGCGCAGGGCUGGUGUGGACCCCCGAAAUUGUGGACAAGGCCAUUAUCGGGGCUCAGCGAACUGUGGACCCUGAAACCGGCAUUAUCACGUACCACAAGGGCCAGGGUGCAAUCUGGACCACGCACCCCAUCGAGAAGCCAUUCCUCAUCUUUCAGAUCGGGAGCGCCGACCCUGCGCUGGCGGCGCAGGCCGCCAAGGUCGUCGAGCAAGACGUGAGCGGCAUCGACCUGAACUGCGGCUGCCCCAAGCCCUUCUCGACGCACUCGGGCAUGGGCGCCGCGCUUCUUUCUACACCCGACCUGCUCCUCGACAUCCUGCGCGCGCUCCUGCGCGCUGUCGACAUCCCGGUAUCAUGUAAGAUCCGCCUCCUCCCCGGACAGCAGGACACGCGGCACCUCGCCGCGCGCAUCCUGCGCACCGGUGUGCGCAACCUCACGGUACACUGCCGGACGCGCGACAUGCGCCCUGGCGAGCGCGCGAUCUGGGAGCGUCUCGGCGAUGUCGUCGAGCUGGGCAAGCGGCGCGGUAUCAACGUCAUCUGUAAUGGGGACGGCGAGGGCACAGCGAACUGGAACACGAUCAAGACCCAGACGGGGGCGAGCAGCGCGAUGCUCGCGCGCAGCGCAGAAAACAACCCCUCCGUCUUCUCGCCUGACGGGCCCGUGGACAACAUCACCCAGGUUGUGCCCAAGCUACUUAACAUUGCAGAGUACGCCAAGCACAGCUGGGGCAACACCAAGUUCCUGCUCAUGCAAUACCGCCCGUCGCCGCCGCCGCUCAGCACCCUGAGCAAGCAGCAGCGCAAGGAGGUCAAUGAAGCCAUCGCGCGCAGCAAGAGCGUCGAGGAGCUGGCGGAGAGCCUCCGCAUCGAGCUCGGCCAGGGGAAGGCGUUUAUUGACGAGCUCGAGGCCAAGCUCCGGGCGCGCCCGGAGUGGGGUGCGUGGGAGGCCAGCCGUGCUACCACGGCGGAGCCCAAGCCGGAGGAGGUCAAGGAGGCACAGGUGGACGAGAGCACCCCCAUCGUCGCCGCCGCAUAGAUUCCCAUGCAGUGUUAUUAGAUGCAUAUUGUACAUUAC